GUCAGUGGGCAGAAGAGAUAGACUGUCAUUCACAUUGUUCUCUUACAGAGAGAACAACUGUCUGUAUAUGCAGUUCUGUCUUCACUGUAAAAUAUAUUUUUAUCUAGUCAUUUAUUUUUUCCAUCAGUAACAUUUUUUUCAGCACAGGAAGGAAAAGAGGAAAACUUUUGUUCAAGAAACUGAACUGUGGAAGACGGAAACAAGCAUACCUCUGUUUGUCGGGAUGAGAUCACCUGGAGUUUGCCUUUUUUGGCUGUUUCUUAUCCUCAUAAACUCUGAAAGGUGUUCAGGUGAUGAGGAUCCAUCACCCAUAGAGGGGAUUCCACUAAAACCCCAGUUACCAACCCCUAAAGCCCCUGAGAGAGAUGAGUUCCUGGGUCCACCUGAGUGUUUGGAAAAUAAGUUAACUCGUGCAUCAUGUGACCUGGUGUUUUGUCCUCUGUGGGAGGAUUGCCUCGAUGGACGUUGCUCUUGUAAACUACCCAAAUUGUGUCCUGUUGAGAACGUGACCUCAGUUUGUGGGCUGAAAAAAAGAAACUACCUCUCCUACUGCCAGGCGAUGGCUCACUCAUGUUUGAUCAAGCAACCCGUCAUGUCGCACUUUGGGGUUCAUUGUGGAGCAGAUCAUCCGAAGUUUAAAAGUUCAAUAGACCCAGAAACGGGAGUGGUCAAGGUCUUCAUCCCUUACCCUGGGACAUCUGAACGCGGGGAGGAGUUACUGGUGUGUCCGAAGAUUUGGGACAUGGCGGCUGCUAACGUGGUCUGCAAGAAUCAUGGGACUCCACUAGGUGCAGAGAUGGCUGAUUCUGUGUCUUACAAUAACCUGAUAACCAGCGGUGGCAAGCAGUUACCGAGCAGCUGCGUUAGCAUCUACUGCCAAGGUUACGAGAAUUCGCUAGCUGAGUGUGAAAUCUCCGACAAGGAGAUGGACAUGAUGAGCGUCGCUACAGCAACCUGUUAUAAACAAUCAAGAGAAAAGAGUGGCUUCAAGUGUGCAAACACAAAGUGGGUGUCUCUGAACCAGACUUGUAAUGGAGUUGACGACUGUGGCGACCGCAGUGAUGAGAUGUGCUGCAAAAGUUGCAGAAACGGUGCUUUCCUCUGCAAGACGGGCGUGUGCGUGCAUAAAAAUGGCAUCGGUGAUGGAAAGAUUGACUGUCUGGAUGGCUCGGAUGAAACACUCAAACACAGAAACGACCAGGGGAUUCCACUAAAACCCCAGUUACCAACCCCUAAAGCCCCUGAGAGAGAUGAGUUCCUGGGUCCACCUGAGUGUCUGGAAAAUAAGUUAACUCGUGCAUCAUGUGACCUGGUGUUUUGUCCUCCAUGGGAGCGUUGCAUUGAUGGACGUUGCUCUUGUAAACCACCCUACUUGUGUCCUGUUGAGAACGUGACCUCAGUUUGUGGGCUGGACAAUAGAAGCUACCGCUCCUACUGCCAGGCGAUGGCUCUCUCAUGUCGGACCAAGCAACCCGUCAUGUCGCACUUUGGGGUUCAUUGUGGAGCAGAUCAUCCGAAGUUUAAAAGUUCAAUAGACCCAGAAACGGGAGUGGUCAAGGUCUUCAUCCCUGACCCUGGGACAUCUGAAGGCGGGGAGGAGUUACUGGUGUGUCCGAAGAUUUGGGACAUGGCGGCUGCUAACGUGGUCUGCAAGAAUCAUGGGAAUCCACUAGGUGCAGAGACGGCUGAUUCUGUGUCUUACAAUAACCUGAUAACCAGCGGUGGCAAGCAGUUACCGAGCAGCUGCGUUAGCAUCUACUGCCAAGGUUACGAGACUUCGCUAGCUGAGUGUGAAAUCUCCGACAAGGAGAUGGACAUGAUGAGCGUCGCUACAGUAACCUGUUAUAAACAAUCAAGAGAAAAGAGUGGCUUCGAGUGUGCAAACACAAAGUGGGUGUCUCUGAACCAGACUUGUAAUGGAGUUGACGACUGUGGUGACCGCAGUGAUGAGAUGUGCUGCAAAAGUUGCAGAAACGGUGCUUUCCUCUGCAAGACGGGCGUGUGCGUGCAUAAAAAUGGCCUCGUUGACGGACAGAUUGACUGUCUGGAUGGCUCGGAUGAAACGCUCAAACACAGAAACAACAAACCAGAGCUGGUGCAUCGACUCAAUAAAAACUCAGGUAUACAUGUAACUGAGAUGCAAACAGCGUACAACUCUCCCCAAAAAGAAAUGAAGGCCAGCAGAGUGCAUCUGGAGUCCAGGUUGCAAUGCGGGGUUCCCAAUAAGACCACGGUGGACCAUGUGGAGGUAGCGGAGCGACAGAGGAGCCGAGUCAAGAGAGUGGUGGGAGGAGUCCCGGCCAACCCGACCCAGAUCCAAUGGCAGAUUGCUCUGGAGGAGAACAAGAAGAUUGAUUGCGGAGGUGCAUAUAUCGGAGGAUGCUGGGUAAUCACUGCUGCUCACUGCGUCAGACCCAACCCCUCUGCGUUCAGGGUGAAGUUUUCUCUCUGGAAGAAGUCUAAAGCUCAGGACACGACUGACAUCGUUCCUGUUUCAGAAAUCAUCAUCCACCCAAGGUACAACGCCAGCACCUACCAGAACGACAUCGCUCUGCUGCAGCUGGAGAAGCUUCCGUUCACCCAGAAAUGUUUGGUGGACAACCCGGCCAUCAGCGCCGUCUGCGUUCCCUGGUCCAAGCACCUCUUCCAACCCAACCACACCUGCAGCAUCUCCGGGUGGGGCCGGACCGCAGACGGCAGAGCGGCUCAGGUGUUGCUCUGGGCCAACGUGUCGCUCAUCGCCAACUGUGAGAAUUUCUACAAAGAUCGCUUCAAACUCGGCAUGAUGUGUGCAGGUGAUCUGGACGGCAGUGUGGACUCCUGUCAGGGGGACAGUGGCGGUCCGCUGGUGUGUCAGGAUGAGCUGGGUUUUUCCUACCUGUGGGGCAUCGUCAGCUGGGGAGAGAGGUGCGGUCAGCCGGGAUUCCCUGGAGUUUAUACACAGGUGGCUCAUUACUUUGAGUGGAUCAGAAGUCAUACCGGCUGGCCGGCAGUCACCAGGUUCAACUCCUGAUGAAAGUACUUUGAAUAAUUAAGAGUGUUCAAAUAGCCUAUUAUUAAAUGUAUAUUAUUUGUUCACUUUGUGUCCAAUAAAAUACAUUUUCCUGUUUCUAUGA